GGGUACAAUGGCAGUGUUCAAGAAGUUAAAACUUCUUCUCUGGAAGAAUUUCAUCUUAAAGAAGCGGAAGACUCUGAUAACACUUCUGGAAAUCUUGAUGCCGUUACUAUUUUCUGCAAUUGUAUUGUAUCUUCGUUUCAAUAGUAUGCCAAAGCACGUAUCAACUACUAACUACCAACCAGUUGAUAUCAGUUUACUGCCAGUAUAUUUCAAUAAGUAUCCUCUGAAAAAUAAAUUUCAGUUGGUUUAUAUCCCUUCCAAAAGCGAGACCUUGAAAGCUGUCACUGAAAUGGUGGAACAAACCUUUGCUGUUGACUUUGAAGUUCUAGGCUUUCCUUCGGUGCCUUUAUUUGAAAAAUACAUAAUUAAGGAUCCCAGGUCUUUCUACAUACUGGUGGGAAUCGUUUUUGACCAUACCUUCAAUAGCAGCAGUGAACCUUUGCCACUCGUGGUUAAGUAUGACUUGCGUUUCAGUUAUGUUCAGAGGAACUUUGUGCCACCACUGAACUAUUUAUAUUUUCAAGAGGAGCUAGAAGGCUGGUGCACAGCCUUUCUUUAUCCUCCUAAUCCAAGCCAAGAACCCCGGGAAUUUGCAUAUGCUGAUGGGGGAAACCCUGGAUACAACAAAGAAGGCUUUCUGGCAAUACAGCAUGCAGUAGACAAAGCCAUUAUGUGGCACCAUGAUCCCAACGCAACACUCAACAUGUUCAAGAAUCUCCAUGUACUGCUGCAGAGAUUCCCAUUUGGGCCCCAUAUCAAGGACACAUUCUUAGUGAUCCUUCAGAAUGAGUUCCCUCUGCUGCUCAUGCUCAGCUUCAUUUGUGUUGAGCUCAUAAUCAUCAAUUCCAUUUUACUGGAGAAGGAGAAGAAACUGAAGGAAUAUAUGUGUAUGAUGGGACUGGAGAGCUGGCUGCACUGGGUUGCUUGGUUCAUUACAUUCUUCAUUUCUGUCUUAAUUGUCGCUUCUGUUAUGACCAUUCUCUUUUGUGCAAAGGUAAACAGUGUGGCUGUGUUCACGAACAGUAACCCUAGCUUGAUAUUUAUUUUUCUAAUGUGUUUUGCCACUGCCACAAUUUUCUUUGCCUUCAUGAUGAGCACAUUUUUUCAAAGAGCACAUGUAGGAACUGUGAUAGGUGGCAUCGCCUUCUUCUUCACAUACCUUCCCUACAUAUACAUCACUUUCAAUUACCACCAGAGGACCUAUGUCCAAAAGAUAGCCUCUUGCCUCUUCUCAAAUGUUGCCAUGGCAAUAGGAGUCCGAUUCAUCUCUCUGUUUGAAGCAGAAGGAACAGGAAUCCAAUGGAGGAACAUAGGCAGUGUCCAAGGAGACUUUAGCUUCAUUCAGGUGUUGCUGAUGCUCCUGCUGGACUCACUCUUGUACUGUCUGAUAGCCUUUUUGGCGGAGUCUUUCUUCUCAGGAAAGUUUGGAAUACCUACGUCUUGGUACUUCUUUGCCAAGUGCCUGUUCUGCAUCAAGAAGCCUGUUCCAGUAAUACUGCCACUUCUGGACAUUGGGGAUCCUGAGAAACCUGCAAGGAGAGACUUCAUGCAGGACGAGCCAACUGAUCAAAUGAAAGCAAUUGAAAUCCAGCAUCUAUAUAAGGUCUUUUACAGGGGACGGAGUAAAUGCAUAGCAGUCAAGGAUCUGAGUGUGAACCUGUACAAGGGUCAGAUCACUGUUCUCCUGGGACACAACGGAGCAGGGAAAACCACCGUCUGCUCCAUUCUUACAGGUCUUAUUUCUCCUUCAAAGGGACAGGCAUAUGUCCUUGGGUGUGAAGUUUCAAAAGACUUGGCUCAAGUUAGGAAGAGCCUGGGCUGGUGCCCACAACAUGACAUUUUAUUUGAUAACUUUACAGUAACGGACCAUCUUUCUUUCUAUGGUCAGUUGAAAGGCCUGUCUCGCCAGAACUGUCAUGAAGAAAUAGAAGAGAUGCUUCCCCUCCUCGGUCUGAAGGACAAGUGGAACUCACGGUGCAAGUUCCUGAGCUGGGGGAUGAAGCGCAAGCUCUCACUUGGCAUCGCCCUCAUAGCUGGUUCUAAGGUACUGAUUCUGGACGAGCCUACCUCGGGCAUGGACUCCACCUCCAGGAGGGCCAUCUGGGACAUUCUUCAGCAGCAGAAGAGUGACCGCAUGAUCCUACUGACCACCCAUUUCAUGGAUGAAGCUGACCUGCUGGGGGACCGAGUGGCCAUCAUGGCCAAGGGGGAGCUACAGUGUUGUGGGUCGCCACCAUUCCUCAAGCAAAAAUAUGGUGCAGGAUAUUAUAUGACUUUAAUAAAAACACCUCUCUGUGACACAACGAAGCUUUCCAGUGUGAUUUAUUAUCACAUACCAGAUGUAAUCUUGGAGUCCAGUAUUGGAGAAGAAGUGAUAUUCAUACUUCCUAAGGAGACCAUGCCCAGAUUUGAAGCUCUAUUUACUGACUUGGAACAGAAACAGACAGAGCUGGGAAUCUCCGCUUUGGGAGUCUCUGUCACCACUAUGGAGGAAGUGUUCAUACGAGUUUGUAAGUUGGCUGAUUCUAGCACAAAUAUCUUAACUGAGAAGCGACCCUCUAUUCAGCCUCAUCCCCGAGUUCACAGAGUUCCUGUUGACAGAAUUAAAUAUCUUCACUCAAGGAUCUUUUCAAUGCAGACUGGCCUGCCAAUCAAACUAAAUACUGGACUCUGUCUUCUCUGCCAACAAUUCUAUGCCAUGCUCCUGAAAAAGGUCACAUACUCUCAACGCAACUGGAGGUUGAUGCUGUUUGUGCAGAUUCUGCUGCCUCUGCUGAUCAUUGUAUUAAGCCUCACUUUUUUUGACUUCAAAUUAAAGAAAAUGGAAAACGUACCCUUGGAGCUGACUUUAAAAACAUAUGGUCAGACAAUUGUUCCAUUUUUUGUUUCUGACAAUUCUCUCUUGGGUCCUCAACUUUCGGAUAAAUUUAUAAAGAUGCUUGUGGCUGCAGGACAGAUUCCUUUGUAUAUUCAAGGUCCUGUAGAGGACUUCCUACUGAAAAAGGCAAAAGAGGGCCCUGAGGACUUUGAUAAGCUCUAUGUGGUGGCAGCUUCUUUUGAAGAUGUGAAUAACCACACCAUAGUGAAGGCACUGUUCAACAACCAGGCAUACCAUUCCCCUGGCCUGGCUCUGACUCUGGUGGACAAUUUUCUCUUCAAGUUGCUUUCUGGUGCCAAUGCUUCCAUUACCACAACCAACUACCCUCAACCUCUGACGGCCGAAGAGCUCUCAGAGAGUGUCUUGUACCAGGGCCCUAAAGGACAUUACCUUGUUAUCAACUUUCUUUUUGGAAUAGCUUUCCUGUCAAGCUCUUUCUCCAUCUUGACAGUCACAGAGAAGAACAUCAAGUCUAAGCACAUCCAGUUUGUAAGCGGCGUCAGUGUGGUUGCGUUCUGGCUCUCCGCUCUGCUGUGGGAUCUCAUUUCUUUCCUUGUCCCCACUCUCCUGCUAGUGUUGGUGUUUUUCUGGUAUAAGGAAGAAGCUUUUGCCCAUGCUGAGAGCACCCCGGCGGUGGUCUUGAUAAUGAUGCUCUACGGCUGGGCUGUCAUCCCUUUCAUCUACACAGUCAGCUUCUCUUUUAAAACUCCUGGGAAUGCGUGCGCUAAGCUUGUGGUAAUGCUCACCUUCUUGAGCAUCGGCCCCCUUGUGCUUGUCACGGUCACAAGUGAUAAAGACCUUGGCUAUGCAGAACUCUCAGACUCCUUGGAUUAUAUUUUCCUAAUAUUUCCUGGACAUUGCCUGGGAAUGGCUUUUUCCAACUUGUACUAUAACUUUGAACUAAAAAAGCUUUGCAAUGCUAAGAACUUGAGUGACAUUGACUGCAAUGAUGUUUCAGAAGGAUAUGUGGUCCAAAAGAACAUCUAUGCCUGGGAAUCUCUGGGGAUAGGGAAGUACCUGACAGCUUUGGCUUUCUUGGGACUUUUGUACAUCAUCCUGAUUUUCCUCAUUGAAGCCAAUACAUUCUCCGUACUGAAAUCCAGGCUUUCUGGCUUUUCUAGGAAAAAAAAAUUGGGAACAUUCCUCAAUGUAACAGAGCCGGAAGACAAAGAUGUACUAGAUGAGACAGAAACCAUCAAGUUUUAUUUGGAAACAUUACUAAAGAAAAAUCCACUUAUUGUUAAAGACGUGUCAAAGGUCUAUAAAGAGAAGGUACCUGUGCUGGCUGUAAACAAGGUGUCCUUCACCGUUAAUGAAAAAGAAUGCUUUGGCCUUCUGGGCCUCAAUGGAGCUGGGAAGACUUCCAUUUUCAACAUGCUGACUGGGGAGCAGCCCAUCACUUCAGGAAAUGCCUUUGUCAAGGGUUUCAGUGUCAAGUCUGACCUAGUGAAGGUGCGGCAGUGGAUUGGUUACUGUCCUGAAUUUGAUGCCCUGCUAAACUUCAUGACAGGAAGGGAGAUACUUGCCAUGUAUGCCCGUAUCCGGGGCAUCCCUGAGUGCCACAUUAAAACCUGUGUAGACCAGAUUCUUGAGGACUUACUCAUGCGUGUAUAUGCAGACAAGCUGGUAAAGACCUAUAGUGGCGGUAACAAACGCAUGCUGAGCACCGGCAUAGCCCUCAUUGGAGAGCCUGCAGUCAUCUUCCUAGAUGAACCAUCCACUGGCAUGGACCCUGUGGCCCGGCGCCUGCUGUGGGACACUGUGGCCCGGGCCCGGGAGUCCGGCAAGGCCAUUGUCAUCACCUCCCACAGUAUGGAGGAGUGUGAAGCCUUAUGUACCCGGCUGGCCAUCAUGGUUCAGGGCCAGUUCAAGUGCCUGGGCAGCCCACAACACCUCAAGAGCAAGUUUGGCAGCGGCUACUCCCUGCAGGCCAAGGUCCGGAGGGAAGGGAAGCAAGAAGUGCUAAAGGAGUUCAAGGCGUUUGUGGACCUGACCUUCCCAGGCAGCAAUCUGGAAGAUGAGCACCGGGGCAUGGUCCAGUACUACCUGCCUGGCCACAACCUCAGCUGGGCAAAGGUAUUUGGCAUUAUGGAACAAGCCAAGAAGGAUUAUAUGUUGGAAGACUACUCCAUCAACCAGGUCUCUCUGGAGGACAUCUUCCUGAGCUUCACCAGCACUGUGUCCUCCACUAACAGAAAAUUCCACCAAGGGCAAGCUCUCCUAGACAGUUCCUUAUCACCCUCUCACUCUGAGCCUUCCUCAGGUCCUUCCUCUCAGCCUGCCACACCACCUCCAUCUCCACCUCCCUCAGAGCCUAUCCUACUGUAAUAAAGAUCCUGGUGCAGGGUA